UCUCCCCACACUGCUGCUGGGGGGACUUUUUAACCUAGGCCUGUGCCUGUGUAUGGCCUUCAAUUGAAGCUGCUUCUGCUCCACCACUCUGCCAUUGGACUCUUGAUAGUCGUCUCCCCACACUGCUGCUGGGGGGACUUUUUAACCUAGGCCUCUGUAUGGCCUUCAAUUUAAGCUGCUUACGCUUCGCCACUCUGCCAUGGGCCCCUGUACCGCCUCCUCUUGCUGCUGCCAGGUCCAGAGUGUGUCAUGGGUCCCUGUACGGCCUCCCAUUGCUGCUGACUUCAUCUCCAGACUCUGCCAUGUGCCACUUUCAGGUCUCCUUACACUGUUGGUGGGUUCCAUUUUGUGAUAGGGUGCUG